CGGGGGCGGGGACACACGGUUGACCUCUCACCCCGCUAGGCUCUAGCCGGGCUUCCGGGCCCCAGGCUCCCAGAGGACUAGGGAGGGGACGCAGGGCCUGAGGUCUGGGUCUCUACUAAACCCGGAGCCGGGCGUACCAAACUCUCACUUCCGCGAAAGGCCAGGGCGGGGUCACAAAAUGGGCUUUCUGCCUGGGGGCGGGGCCUUUCCUAAAGGGCAAGACUAAGGCAUCCUGAAUUGGGGCUAGGAGAGGGUUAUUAAGGCUGGAGUGGGAGGAUGCCCAGGGUAUUGGGGUCAGGAUGGCAUUAGUCCUGCUGAAGCCAGGCUGGGCUGACUCAGCAUCCUGCCUGCCCUAGCCAAUCCCCAGCCCCGACGGCUCCUCACUCCCUUGGGCAGAGAUGGGAGAUGGCGCCGGUGCUGCCCGUGGUCCUGCCCCUCCAACCCCGUAUCCGUCUGGCGCAGGGGCUCUGGCUCCUCUCCUGGUUGCUGGCACUGGCCGGUGGCCUCACCCUCCUCUGUAGCGGGCACCUCCUGGUACAGCUGUGGCACCUUGGCACCUUCCUGGCUCCCUCUUGUCCAUUCCCUGCCCUGCCCCAGACUGCCCUGGCAGCAGGAGCGAUGGCUCUAGGCACAGGACUAGGGGGCGCAGGAGCCAGCCAGGCGAGUCUGGAUGCAGCUCGAUACCCUCCCUGGCGAGGGGUCUUGAGUCCGUUGCUGGCGGCUGGCACUGCUGCAGGCGGAGGAUUGCUGGCCCUUGCCUUGGGGCUAACCCUGGUUUUGCCAGCGAGUCUGCACCAGGGACUGGAGGAAGGCCUGGAGGCUGCCUUGGCUCACUACAGGGACACAGAGGUGCCUGGACACUGUCAGGCCAAACGACUGAUGGAUGAGUUGCAGUUGAGGUACCACUGCUGCGGACGCCAUGGCUACAAGGAUUGGUUUGGUGUCCAAUGGGUCAGCAACCGUUACCUGGACCCCAGUGACCAAGAUGUGGUUGACCGGAUCCAGAGCAAUGUGGAAGGUUUAUACCUGAUUGAUGGCGUCCCCUUCUCCUGUUGCAACCCCCACUCACCCCGGCCUUGCCUGCAAAGCCAACUCUCAGACCCCUAUGCCCAUCCACUCUUCGAUCCUCGGCAACCCAACCUAAACCUCUGGGCACAAGGGUGCCAUGAGGUACUGCUGGGGCACCUGCAGGGAUUGUCAGGCACACUGGGAAGCAUGCUGGCUGUCACCUUCCUGCUGCAGGCUCUAGUGCUCCUGGGCUUGCGGUAUUUGCAGACAGCGCUGGAGGGGCUUGGAGGAGUCAUUGAUGGGGAAGGAGAGACCCAGGGCUAUCUUUUUCCUGGUGGGCUGAGAGACACACUGAAAACUGCCUGGCUACAGGGAGGGACUGCCCACAAGCCAGCACCUGAGGAGGCCCCACCAGAAGAGGAACCUCCCAAGGAUGAUCUACCUGAGGCCAUGUAACCUGAAAGGGGGGGGGGGCUUUUUAAUUUUUUGGUUUUUAGAGACAGGGUUUCUCUGUGUAGCUUUGGAACUCACACUAUGGACCAGGCUGGCCUUGAACUCACAGAUACCCCACCCCCUCAGCCUCCCAAGUGCUGGGAUUAAAGCCACCACCGCCCAGCAAAUGUACAAUUCUUUACUAGGGCUGAGGAAGGGAAGGUCCUAAGCUUACAGGAGUUAGAGCAGUCAGAGACAGACUGGAAUGAAGAGGAGUCUGGGUGUCCUGGAGCCCAGCCUUUGCAGCCAGAACCACCAAGACUGAGAACAGAUCAGGGUGACAAGAAAGUGACGCAGAAUGGCCUGGAGACUGUUGCUAGUACACAGAUUCUACAAUAAAGUUUUUGGAUC